AGACAAGACAGCCAAAGGACGAGCAUCUUUCACUCUAGAUCGCUCUCGGUUUUCCCACCGACUCUUCGUUCCAGGCUAGUUAGCCAACUAUAUGCCUACGUCGACGGAUCAUAGGGCACGCACCGAGCGUUACAGCACUACCGCUCUCAUCCUCUUGAUAGGUCUUGUUGUGCAAGCCUUGAUCACAAUCUAUACCAACCCGGAUCGCAGCUUGAUCGAAGGAGCUUUUGAUACCAAGAUGCCGACGAUAGACUAUCAAGAAGAGAGUGCUGUCUCCUCAUCCCCACAACGUGAAGACCCCUCUACGAUACAGAACAAGUUUCUAGUUGGAUACCAAGGCUGGUUCACCUGCGGAGGAGAUGGAGAGCCGAUCGAUCGAGGACACCAUGGAUGGCUCCAUUGGGUUGACAAACCCUUGAAGGACGGUGGUCGGAUCACGUUUGAGCUCUGGCCGGAUACCUCUGAACUGGACGAAGACGAGCUUUACGAUCUACCCGGACUCAGCAUACCUGCCCCAAACGGUUCAUCCCGUCCGGCCAAGGUCUUCUCGUCACGAAACGCGAAGACGGUCAACCGACAUUACAGGUGGAUGCGGGACCAUCAGAUCAGCGGCGCGUUCUUGCAGCGUUUCUUGGGAGAGGUCAAGAACGGUGAUAACGGUAUGCGGCGGUAUCGUGAUGAGGUGGUAGAGCGGGUCCGAGAUGCUGCAAACCAGAACGGCCGAGUGUGGUCGAUCAUGUAUGACAUCUCCGGCGUCCCGGAUCCCGAGGUGGAAGAAGCGAUCAAGGCGGAUUAUCUCCACUUAAUGAACGACCGGAAGAUCUUCCAGGACCCCAUGUAUCUUCGGGAGGCUGGCCGACCUGUGAUCGCAAUAUGGGGCAUGGGUAUGAAGCACGAAAAGCACGACCCCGUCUCGCUCGUUCGCCUUCUUCGAUGGAUCAAGGAGGCCUCUGCUGAAAGCGCAUACAUCUUUGCCGGGUGUCCGAGUCACUGGCGGACACGCGAUGGGGACUGCGAUGCGAAUCCUGCCUUUGAUCAGGUCUGGCAGAACGUCGAUAGCAUGUCUCCGUGGUAUGUUGGACGGUUCGGUACUAUCGAAGGCGCCGGGGACUUCAAGCAGAGGAUGGCAGCAGACAUGGCCUAUCUCCAGGACCAAGACCGCAGUCUAAACAUCAAGCGGUAUUACACGCCUGUCGUUUUCCCAGGCUUCGCUUGGCAGAAUUUGCACAGCGGUCCUAGGAACGAGAUCCCUCGUGAAGGUGGCACAUUCUUGUACCAGCAGCUGCACAACGCCAUCAACGUUGGCGCCAAGACGAUCUACGGAGCGAUGUUUGACGAAUACGACGAGGCUACGGCUCUUAUGCCAGCAGAACCACACAGCUCGAAUACCCCAUCAGAAAUCCCGUUCCUAGCGCUGGACGAGGAUGGCAUGGAAUUGCCCUCCGAUUGGUACCUACGGAUAUGUGGGCUGGCUUCGAAGGCGCUAAAAUCGGGAGAAGGUCUCCCUGGCGCCUUCCCGCUUCAGGCGUUGAUGGAGAAACAGCCUCCAGCGGUCUUGACAUCGGGAAUAUCAGAACUGAAGCUACAUGAAGGGGAUUCCAAUGGCCCUUCCCUUGUCUCGAAUAUUGAAGCCGUUCUGCGAGACCUCCCUCCGCCUGCCAGGCUUUCUACUACCGACCGAUUCUCAAAUGAGUACGAGGAGAUUGUCGACCAGUACAAGUUCACGAGCCUACAACAGCUUCGGCUGUUGACAAGCGAGUUGAACGGCGAGAUGGGUGCAAAUACGUUGAGCGACGAACUAGUAUUCCGGCUGUGGUUCACUUUGUUACGUCUCGCUGGACCGGGAGCACUGCAGAGCGACGAAGGCCGUCGUCUCAGCCAAGAUUGCCUUGCCCGACUCCCGCAAUCGGAGCGCACUUUGAUUCGCCUGUUGUCGGACGGAGUCAAACCAGCUUUUGCCGGCAACCCACACCCACAAUUGGAUAGCGGCACGGGUCGGAAACUUGCUGUGAUCGCAGGUGGUGAAAGAGCACGACACGAACUAUUCGAGGAUCAGGUCUGGAAAUCGGCUCCUUCUUGGGGAAUCUAUAACGUUCUUGAAGGAUGUUUGGCGCGACUAUCCGCUGCGAGCUUGACAGAAAACCUGGGCUUAGUUUUGCCUCCUCUCCUUACGAUCAUGGACGACUACGAGACGACAUAUCGAGACCAUGGUCUGCGGUGUCUCGAGACCUUGCUUGAUAAAGUGAACGCCACAACCUUGAAACGAAUGGGCAUUGACAAGCUGUUUCUCAAGUGCACGCCCUAAAAGUCCUGUUCAGACUCUUGCCUCUCAUACAUGAUCCUUCGACAACACAGUAUGCCGACGAGAUCGCAACUGCGGUUGAUCACGGUAUCAAGGACGGGUGGCAGUAUGCUCCUUCCGGG